AUGGGGCGAGCCAGGCAGAACUAUGGUGACGAUGACGAGGGCAUCCUCGCUGCGAUUGCAAACAAAGUACUAGGUGGGGUGAGAUCAAGCCCUGUGCGGGGAUGUUUGGGAAUGCUGCAUUCUUCGAGACCUCCAGAACCAGCGGUUGAGGUGGUCGAGCUGCUGCAAGAUAUGAAGAUCACACCUCGUUUGGUGAUACAGUUCCAUAAGAUCUUCAAAAGGCUGAAGCAGACCGAUGCGAUUACGCUGCGGGUGGGGCCCAACGAGGUGAGCACGGCCAGCAUGACGCGGCUGGUGAAGAAUCACCGGAAGUGGGUGGCGAAGAUUCUCAUUCUGCUCUUGGACUUGGCCGGCUUCAAAGAUACAGUGACCUGGGAUGGCUUCCUUUAUGUGACGAUGCAGUUUUGCUCCCUUUCCAAGUUGGAGCUCUGCCAGGUGAUGUUCUACAUCGUGAGCAAAGAAAUGAGAAGUUGGACGGUGCACUACGUCACCAGUAGUCAACUUCAAGAGUUCUACGAUGACUAUUACACCUGCCCUGUGGCAGCCUUCAAUACCAACUCCAUCGGCUUUGCCAAGCUUCCUUUGGCCAAGUACCGCAUGCAGGACUUCAUCGAGCUUUGCUACCGCUUUAGUCAGUUGAUCAAUCCCUGCAUGCACCUUCAGAGGUCACUGCAGCAGUCACUGGGUUCGUUGCGGUAUUGGUGCAACUUCGAUCGGGUCAAGGUCUACAACCGAAAGAUUAACAUCGACUUUUUUCGAUACCAGAAAGUCACUACGAUCCUUGAGCUCAUGCAACGGCAAGCUGGAGUUGCCUUGGGGCCGAUUCAACAACAUCGUCUGGCAAUGAGUGAGCACUUUCUGCAUUCCAUUGACAAAUCCAGCCCUGGAUUUAAGGAUGACCUCGAGAAAUUCAAGGCCACUGUGUUGCGAGCUUUGGAAGUCUGCCGCCCCGUGCGCUGCGGGGUUUUGCCGAUCCCAACCCUUGGUGUGAAACCGCCCACCAAGACCAAACUGCAACGUGAAGUGAAGCUGCCGAAGUGGAUGACCGAGCAGCUGGAGCAGAACUUCGCACCGGGACUGUACGGCGGGCACUCCUUGGGCCACGCGCUGCAGCUGGAGUGGGCGAAGCGCGAGAAGGCCGAGCGCUUGAUCCGGUCCACGUUCGGCGCCACGGCGGCUUGGAAGGCGACCACGGUGCGGCAGAUCGCCGCGGAGCUGUUCCUCCACGCGGCCAAGCCGCCCUCGGAGGACAAUCGAAUGAAGGCUGUGAUCCGCAGUCAAGAGAUGGAGUUCAUCCGCAUGAGCCGUGAUGAUCAUGAACCUCCAAACCUGGUGACCACCAUGUUCCGACUCUUUCAGGAGGAGCUCAUCCACCGAACCGAGGAGCCAGAUCCCACAGCCAACCUGAACAUUCAAGUAGUCCGUAGUUAG